UUUUUGCAUAGUUGAUCUUAAAUUUGUCAAAUUACUUGCAAUCAUGUCAAUACUUAAAUGAUGAUGAAUUGUAUAUUGUUUUAAUAUUAUUUACAAAUGUAAAGUAUGUGUGCAUGUAUAUAUAUAUAUAUAUAUUGAGUAUAAGUGGGAGGUCUCGAAUCCGGACAUCUCAUUUACACUCUCCCAACUCAUCCUCACCCUAUAAACAACUAUAUAUGUAAAUUAAGUUGAUUGAAAAAUAGUUUUUCCUUUUAUAUUUUCUUUUGGCAUUUCAAUUAAUUAUCAAUUAAGUUUCAAAUGAUAUUUAUAUACUAAUUGUUUAAAUUCUUUAAUAAAAUUAUUAAUGUAGGUGAAUAUAUAUUUUACAUAUAUAUAAAAACUCAAGACUUUACACCACAUUGUGCCAUAUGUUCGAAGGAGACUGGGGACUUUAAAAAAUUUGUGUUGAAAUUGAGUCGAAUGUCAACUAAGCCCUUGAGUUUUGAUUACUUUGGCAAAAAGUGCUCUACUAUUCACGGGCAUUUUUGUCUGCCCAAGUGUUAAAUGUCCACUAAGCCCUUCAGGGAUAAAAGUAGAUCAGAAUAGUUUCUAAUUAUUGGGGGGUACUAUUGUAAUUUCGAACCAUAUCUCCCCUUAGUUGCAUUUGUUAGGGUAAUAAAGAUUUUUUUGGCAACUUUCUGCCGUUGGAUCGUGUCUUAAUCUAAGAUUGAUGCCUGAGAACCGUUGGAUCAUUCCUAAUGAUGAUUAAAGGAUUGAUUGUUUUCCUUACCUGGGGAGUUUGCACGAACUGAUGAUUGUUGUCUUCCUUCUCCCGUCUCUUCUCUUUUUUGGCUUUGUUUGGAAAGUGGAAAAUCCUCGCAAGUGGUUUGGUGCCGUUUGUUCCCUUGCAUCCUGCUUUGGUCUGAAAAUAGAAAAGGUUUUGCAGUAAAAUUUCUGUUCAUUCCAGGUACAAAUUUCAAUGGCUGACGGUCCUCCUAACUGUCCGCCUCCUGACGAUGCUCGUUCCCGCUACCGCCCUCGUUCGGGGAUGAGCCUCAGCCUUCAGAUCCCGCAGCCAACUGCUCCCGAAGUGAUGAAAAUGCCGUCUCUCGUGCAAGCGUUCGAUCCCGCUGAUUAUGAGUUUAUAUCACAUAUGGGAAGUGGCGUUUCGGGUAGUGUUGAUAGGGUGAGGAACAAACAUACCGGUCAAGAAUAUGCGAGGAAAAGGAUAAGGAUUUCGGACGGUAUGACGGAUGAACGCGAGAAACAACGCUCGUUGAUUUUGAGAGAGAUGGAAACUCUAGCUCAACUUCAUCAUCCUAACCUUGUGGAAUUGGUUUCUGGUUGGGCUAGCGUAACCGAGAUUCAAAUGAUGUUUGAGCUGAUGGAUGGAUCUUUGAAAGAUUUUCACACUGAAGACGAGAAUGUGAUCGCAGACAUUGCGCAACAGAUAUUGACGGGUCUGAGUUAUCUACGGGACGAGAGAAUCAUCCACAGGGACUUGAAGCCAGCGAACGUGUUGAGAAAUAACUACGGCAAUGUUAAGAUUGCAGAUUUUGGUUCGAGCAGGAGAUUGGACAUCGGCAACAUGCAAUCCAUUUUGACAGUCCUCGGCACUAUUCAAUACUGUAGUCCCGAAAUGUUGCAGCAUCAACUGCGCAAAACCGACCGACCCGACAAGAGUGAUGUUUGGAGCUUGGGGAUCUUAUUGCUGGAAAUUUAUAUGGGACAUUUCCCUUUUCCCUGCAUUGAUAAGUUUCAGACUUACAAUGAGAUUAUUAAUGACUUCGUUGUUCCUGAGUUGCCCAAUUCUACCUCACAGUUCCGGGAUUUUGUUCAGCGAUGUUUGAUUAGGGAUGUGGAUUCCAGGGCAUCUGUUGAUGAACUACUGGGUCAUAAUUUCUUGCAUAUGUUUCGUUAGAAUGUGGCUCUUUUCUGGUGGUUGUUUUGUUGACAAGUCAGUUUUUGCAAGUUAGUCCCCUAUGUUGUUGUCCGGUGAUUGUUCUUUUGAGAAGUUAGUCUUCUUUGGGAUUAGUAUUAGUUGUUUUUCACAAGUUAGUCUUUUGUUGAUGCUACUUACUUUAAUGCUAAUUGUGGAGUCAUCUGAUUCCCUUGCUGGGAGCUUGCUUUAUGGACAUCUGAUGUUGAAAGUUUGCUUUAAUAGAAUGCAACACUUGCCAAAAGAUUUCUUCCUCAA